UCCUGCGCAUAGAAUAUCUCCAUGUCUUCUUGAACAAAGCAGCAUGCAUGUCAUUUAUCAUUGCCAGAAACUUAACGUUGGUCGAUCUUCCGAGGAAGAUACACACGAGAAAAAGAAGGAAAGCCACCGAGCCGGCCGGCGUCGUAAACGUCAAACCGACGUUUGGUGGAUCAGUGAGCGUCGCGACGCCCGCGGCGCAAGUUGCACCGCCUCCUCUUCUUGCGACUCGCCGAUAGUACAUACCGGGUACCAACUCACCAAGAUUUAGAAAUAACUAUUAUGAGAUGUUUGAGCAGCGACUAAAUGGGGGCCGAUGGACAUUUUCGUGUGACCUUGUCCCUCAAGAAGGAACCAGGUGCUGGUCCAGUCUUCUGCAAGAUGGAGACAUCUGCCAGAUUUCGGCAGCUGAAGACGGUGAAGCUGAGCUGCGACACAACCUACCGACUCGAUAUUAGCUUCAAACCGCCGCAACUGCUGCAGUUCCUGAGUAUCGGUGGCAAACAGGUGGAGGCGGUUGAACGAGCAAGGAACACAGCGGCGUGUGCUUACAGCGCUUAUCACAGCACUAAAGAUAUCCCGGCGAGUGCACGUGGUCAUCGGGAGGAUUUGCCGAUCGCCAUGAGAGUCCUCGGUUCCGGUUACCUGACUACUUGUCUGCAAAUCAAAUACUACCGAUUGGAUGAUCAGAGCCAUUGCGAAUGGGGUGCUAGAUUGCACUGCAUCGAGCUCGAUUGUUCUAGCGUCGAGGGACGUCUCGUCACGGUGGAUCGGGAGACGUACAGGAAGCUUGGCAUAGAAUCUUAACGAAACGUCAUCAGCCUCACCAUCAGUAUCGGCUCGUUGCCAGUUCAUUACAGCGAGGAACCCGACGCCGCGCCGCGUAGUGCCACAAUCGAUGCCUCUCGCAUGCGAUCGGCUGAAUACUUUACGCUCGCAAAUGGUAAAUACAGGUUGUAUCAAAGCUUAUGUUCGGAUGAAUUAAGGCCAGAUACUUUUGUCUAGAAAACUUCAAGAUAAGCAUAAAGAUAGAAACGAUGAUACCAACGAAUCUAAUUUCACGAUUUUUAAUUUGAAAAAAUUACAAUAAUUUUGUUAUUAAUGUAAAGAAUAGAAGCCUAAAAAUUCUGCCUCUAUUUAAUUAUAGAUAUAAAUUUUGCUAAAUAUGAUCUUAAUAUUUCGGAAA